GUGGUAUUAGUGGGCGGGUCCACCACAGGAAAGUUCCUCGCAGUUGGUGGAUAUGCUGGUAUCUAAAAUCUUGUCAUCAAGAACAUGGGUUUUGUUGGACGGCUUACGGCAAUGGAGACCUGCAUAUUCACCACAUAUACAGAUUUGCUUAUUGCAGCAGCAGGUUAAGAGCUGGCAGAGGAUUCUUUCCACAAGCUGUGCAAAGUGUGCAAAAAAUGAACGGCUGAAACAAAAAAGAGCAAUAUCAGAAAAGAAGCUGACCCGAUAUUUUGUAGAUCAUCGAAGAGUGUGUGUGAUUGGAGGCCGCGGAGGACAGGGUAUUAACUCUUUUCAUAGUGAGCCUAGAAAAGAGUUUGGAGGUCCUGAUGGUGGAAACGGAGGAGAUGGGGGCCAUGUUAUUUUGAAAGCUGACCAGCAAAUCAAAUCACUGGCUUCAGUCCUCCCAAUGUAUCGAGGCUUUGAUGGAGAAAGAGGGAGAAGCAAAAACUGUUACGGAGCCAAUGGUGGAUACACAUAUAUUAAAGUUCCUGUAGGCACUCUAGUUAAGGAGGAUGGGAAAAUUGUGUCUGAUCUUGCUCAGCAUGGCGAAGAAUAUGUUGCCGCUUAUGGAGGAACUGGAGGGAAGGGUAACCAGUUCUUUCUGUCCAAUGAGAAUCGAGCACCAAUGACAGCUACUCUAGGAGAAUCAGGUCAGGAAAGAGUCCUCUAUCUGGAGCUCAAGACUAUGGCACAUGCAGGGCUGGUGGGAUUCCCCAAUGCUGGGAAGUCAUCACUUUUGCGAGCAAUCUCCAAUGCAAAGCCUGCAGUGGCUCCCUACCCGUUCACAACCUUAAAUCCACAUGUAGGCAUUGUUCACUACCAAGACUAUGAACAAGUGGCAGUUGCUGAUGUUCCUGGUAUAAUAAGAGGAGCUCAUCUAAACAGGGGCCUUGGAUUGGCCUUUCUGAGGCACAUAGAACACUGCCGCUUUCUCUUAUUUGUGGUGGAUCUGUCUGUGUCUGAGCCAUGGAUUCAGCUCCAAGACUUAAAAUAUGAACUAGAGCAGUAUGAAGAAGGGUUGUCGAAGAGACCUCAUGCUGUCAUUGGGAAUAAGAUGGAUCUUCCUCAGUCCAAGGCUAACUUACUACUACUUAAGGAGCGAGUGGAGCAGAGAGUCAUCCCACUAUCUGCAUUGACAGGAGACAAUCUGGAGGAAUUAUUGUUGCACCUAAGAGAUUUGUAUGAUGCUUAUGUAAAUACUGAACAAUCACGUAGACAAAACCCAGUCAAAUGGUAGGAACCGGAGCUCCCGUGAACCCUAGGCUGAAUGGAGGAGGAAAACAACAUCGUUUAUCACAGGAUGUUCAACCUCUGGAACUCUUUACCAGAGGAUGUUUAUCAAGGCCAAGACUAUAACAAGGUUCAAAAAGAACUAGAUAAAUUAAUGGAGGAUAGGUCCAUCAAUGGCUAUUAGCCAGAAUGGGCAGGGAUGGUUUCCCUACCCUCCAUUUGCCAUAAACUGGGAAUGGGAGACAGGGAAUGGAUCAUUUGAUUACCUGUUCUGUUCAUUCCCUCUGGGGCACCUGGCAUUGGCCACUGUCGGAAGACAGGAUACUGGGCUAGAUGGACCUUUGGUCUGACCCAGUACAGCUGUUCUUAUGAUGUAUGUGUGGGAGAAGCAUGGGGCACAGGACACAACAUGCUGUAGAUUUGUUCUCGAUUACUGUACCAAACAAAUUGAACUAUAAGCAUCUCCUAUUUUUGAGGCCUUUACAUUUUGUUGGAAAAAGCUUGAGACUUGUGGUGAUGUGCGUAACAAAUUGGCUUGUCACCUAGGGAAACUUGCUUACAAAUUCUGGCUUACAGUUGGUUAUACUAGACGAUUUUUUGGUCCCGGAGUGAUAACUAGGCUUUUAAAGUGAUCAUGAGUUGCACAAAUUGUACUGGGAGUAGGCUAGGGCUAUAUUCUCACAGACAGGAAAUGUUCUCUUUCCACCUAUUUUCUUUUGUGGACAGUGUUCCUGUUCGUUUGCUGUUCAUUAAGUCAUUUCUUCCUCAGAAGUAGUUUCUUAUGCAUGUUCUUUUCCCAGGUAUAUUUUUGUAUGUCUGUGAGACUAUUAAUAUUGCUGUCCUGAUGAAGAUC